AUGAAAAUGUUCACCACUCCGGAUGAAAUGUGGGAUGAGUACUUAAAGUUUGAGGAUCUUCAACUCAUAUUUGGAUGUGGCUUAGCUACUGGUGGUUCCGCAAUUGGAAUGGGUGAAACCACUGAUGCUCGAAGAGUGGGAGAUAACAAAAUUGAUGAUGAAGUUUUUGAACUAUUAUCACAAGAGCUAGUUGCAUCACCACAAUGUGAUAUACCACUCUUUCCAUGCACAAAUCCAAAAGGACGGGUAGAAAAACUUCAUCCAAGGAAGAGGUUUAGAACCUCAUCUACUAGCAAUAUAGGUAAGCUGAAAAAUGACGAAGAGGAGGAUCCUAUGAUCGUGAAUCAUAUUCGCUACGAAGCAGUUACCUUGAUUCAUUCACUUGGAAUGAAAAAUGUCCUCAUAGACAUGUCAGUAGAAGAACGUUUUGGUUUGAUUAAGAAUCUGCUCUACAUGAUUAUUACUUUUGAGUUUUCUUUUAUAUUUAUUUAUCAAUUGUUUCUUGUGUGGCAAGACAAUGUUUUCUAUUUGGUUAAUGAAUCUGGUUUCAUACAAGUUCUACUGAAAUAG